AUGGCGGAACCAAAACAGAGCUCUCUUUCUGAGGAGAAGAAAAAUGUGUUUGGAAGCGGUAAAGAAGAGAAACAAUCGAUGUUUCAUGGAAAGGAGACUCAUGGAACAAGUGAAGACAUUGAUGACAAGACAAGAGUUGAUGAUGUGAAAGGACCUGGUGUUCUCGAACGUAUGAAGGAAGAAAUGGAAGCCAUUGUUGACGCUGUUACUCCUAAGAAGAGUUCAGACAAGUGA